AUGAAUUCAAUGACAUCACCCCUGGCAAACGGUAACCUUGAAUCAUCAGAAAUAAAUGGAAAUAAUUUUUGGGCACAUAAAGCGAUCCUAGAACGAAGGUAUCAAAAAUUUCUCGACGAAGUAACUCCAUUCGUGGCAUAUAGAUGGAUUGCCACUGCAUUAGGAAUUUAUCUUCUUAAUCUGUUCCUUGCAUUCCUGCAACCUAAAUUUGAUCCUUCAUUGGAGAUGGACAUUGCAGAAAGUGAGGUGGAAGAAGGUCCUUCGCUUCCCACAAAAGCUGACGAAGAAUUUCGACCUUUCAUUCGUCGACUACCUGAAUUUAAGUUUUGGUAA